AUGGGAUGCAACGGACCUUCACGUGGAACUUUCACAUUCACUAAUGCUGACCGGAUCGCCAAUCUUGCCAAGGCGAACAGUCAGCUCCUCCGAGGUGACGACUUAGCUCGAUUUUCUCCUACCUUUGAUUUAUUGGAAGAUAGGUCACAAUUGCGUUUGCAUAACCAACUUCCCGGCUGGGUUACGUCUGGAAACUUCAACAACUCGACUCUACUGAGUAUCGUACAAAACCAUUGCAGCACAGUUGUAGGCAGAUACAAGGGACAGAUGUGA